AUGGAAAACGAUCAAGGACAACUCGUCGACCUCUACGUCCCACGCAAGUGCUCUGCCACCAACCGUAUCAUCAAGGCCAAGGACCACGCAUCCGUCCAGAUCUCUGUCGCCAAGGUCGACGAGAACGGCCGUGCCACCGGCGAACACAUCACCUAUGCUCUCUGCGGUUUCGUCAGGUCUCGUGGAGAGGCUGACGAUUCUUUCAACCGACUUGCUCAGCGGGAUGGACUGUUGAAGAACGUUUGGACGGCUACAAGACAGCGUUAA